UCCCAAGAUGACGCGCUAGAGUUUCAAUGAGAACUACAUUAACCAGCGGGCUUCUUUACAGCAGUGUGACUUUCCUGUGUCGCCUGGCAACGCCUCUAAACUAACACGGACUUUGGGAGUCGAAUAGUUGCACAUCCAGAUUAUGAAGGUAGCAGACAUAAAAUAUGAGUCAGAGUUAAGGCAGAAACGCUUUUGUGUUAGCUUGAUACGAAAUAAGUGAAAAUAUUGUUAUUUGCGAACGCUUUUUUGCAAAAUAUUUUAACGUGAGUUUGGUCAAGUUGGAAACACAAUUGAAUAGCAAAUCCCUAUAAAUUUUACAGAUAAAAAAACAAACAAACCAACCAACCAAAAAAAAAAAACAACAAAACAAAAGACCCAAAAUUCAUCAGAUGAUUUAACGGCCGUAAUGUCGGAAGAAGUAACAGCUCCUGUUGAUGACCAGACGGAGAGCACACGGACAGCCUCACAGGAAAACACUGAAGCAUGUAAUACUGCAAACUGGGUGAUGGAGGGGGAGGCUGAGGAGGAGUCAAACAAGAAGCUCUCUGCAGACGUGUACUACAAGUACGAGGAGCUUCACUCCAAACCGUCCAUCACACCCAACUCUGAAAUCCCACAGAACCUCCUGCACCUCUCUCACUCCUUUGGUUAUGACAGUGGGCGUAGGGGGAACCUGCAGUUGCUGGAUGACAGAACUCUGAUCUUCAUAGCAGGAAACCUACUCAUCCUGCUGGAUGUUUCCACCAAGGAGCAGAGAUACCUCCGCUCCUGCAGUGGAGGAGGAAUUGGCUCCAUCACGGUACACCCCAGCGAGAAGUACUUUGCUGUAGCAGAGAAGGGAAACCAGCCUAACAUCAUAGUCUAUGAAUAUCCCUCAUUACGACCCUGUCGCAUCCUCAGAGGCGGUACAGAGCAGGCAUACAGCACCGUGGAUUUUAACUAUGACGGGAAGAUGCUGGCCAGCGUGGGGAGCGCACCCGACUUCAUGCUGACGCUGUGGGAUUGGAUGCAGGAGAAGGUGAUAUUGAGCUGCAAGGCCAUUUCUCAAGAGGUCUACCGAGUGAGCUUCUCCCCAUACAACCCGGGACUGCUUACGUCAUCAGGAUCUGGACACAUCAAGUUCUGGAAAAUAGCCAGCUCAUUCACAGGUCUUAAAUUGCAAGGUUUUAUGGGGCAUUUUGGGCAAACCACAGCGACUGACAUUGAGGGCUACGUGGAACUUCCUGAUGGAAAGGUGGUGUCCGGCUCGGGCUGGGGAAACUUGCUGCUGUGGGAUGGUAAUUCCAUCAAGGUAGAGAUUUGUCGUAAGGGGGGGCGGAGCUGUCACACUGGGAUGGUCCAACCGUUUGCCCUUGAAGAUGGACAGCUGAUGACAAUUGGCUCUGACGGAGCGGUCCGGAGCUGGGACCUUGAGAGCAUUAGCACUGCCAACAGUUACAGCGACAGCAGCGGAUUUGAGAUGGAGCCCAUGAAUGAGAUGGUGGUCGGACACAAUGUCUGCCUCUCCUCUGUAGUGAAGAGCUCCUUGCCAGACUCCUUCAUCUGGUUUGCUCAGGAUUCUUGUGGAGCCAUCUGGAAACUGGAUCUUUCAUUCACAUACACGUCUCCUGAUCCAGAGUGCCUGUUUUCCUUCCAUGCCGGACCAAUCCAGGGCCUGGACGUGUCCAGGAAAUCCCACCUGAUGGCCACGACCGCUCUCGACCGUUCAGUCAAAGUUUUUGACUUUCUGGCAAAAAGAGAACUGACCAGCAGUCGCUUCAAUCAAGGUGGAACUGCUAUCAGCUGGGCUCCACCUUUGGUGAAUCAGAGUGGAGGUUUACUGGUGGCGGGCUUUGAAGACGGGGUGGUCCGGUUAUUGGAACUGUACAACCCUCAGAAGCUGUAUGCAGACAGCGGGCACAGCCCCAAAGGAGAGGCCCAGCUCCGUCUCAAACAAGCCUUCAAACCCCAUAAUGCCUCUGUAACUGCUGUUGCAUAUGAGCGAAAUGGAGAGAUCUUAGCCACAGGGAGCUCAGACAGCACUGUGUUCUUCUUCACCGUUGGGGAAAAAUACGAUCCCAUUGGUUUCAUCCAUGUUCCCGGGCCGGUGCAGGCGCUUGAGUGGUCUCCUCAUUUCCAUAGUGAAAAUAGGCUGCUCAUCCUUUGCCAGAACGGUCACGUGGUCGAGGUACAGUGUCCCGAUCCAGAGGCACAUAAGUCAACCAAAACCUUCCAGCUGCCUAAACCGCCUAGCAGAUCUUUCAGGUUCAGGAGCAUUAAAUCUCGAAUCAAGAGAGAGGAGGAAAUUGCAAGACGUCAGGCUAUAAAGGAGGAGAAAAAAAAAAAGAGAGAAGAGAAGAUGACGGAAUCAAAGCAGGCUGUCACAGAGCAAGAGGAUGGAGGAGGGGAGGAAGAGGAAGAGGAGGAGGACGAAUUGCCCCCUAUCCACAUCCCCGACCCUCCAAGUCCUCUCUACUGUGGCUUCUACUCACAACCUGGCCAAUUUUGGCUCUCCAUGGGUGGCUUUGACUCAGGUUUCUUGUAUCACUGUAAGUUCUCUGAGGAGCAGGACCAGGAUCCAGACCAGAAGCAGGACGAACCCUUUGACUUCCUGCCUGUCCACAAUGCAGACGAUGACCCCAUUUGCUCCAUCACCUUCAGGCCUAUUGGGCUCUCAGUGUCCACGACAACCAGUACGGGCAGCUGCGGCACAUCCGCUGCGGCCAUGACGACCAGUUUGUGCUCACUGCGGGAGAUGAUGGGAACAUCUUCUCAUUCAGCCUGCUUCCUCCAGAGGAGCUACAGAAAGGCCUGCAGAAGAAGAGGGCCAAAGUUCCUUCACCAAGGCAUAGAGACAGCGAAGCAGAAGCUGGAGAAAGACUGUCUUCUCCGAGAGGCAGAAAUGAAGAUUGCGGUAAAGCAGAAGAAGCUGACUGAGCUCCAGAAGAAGUUCAACCAAUUGUUGAAGUACAACCAGAGUCUGCCGGAGCAUGUUCGCUUGAACCCUGUGGAGCUGCAGCUGGACCCACGAUUCAGUGAGCAGGCGGAGAGGGUGAAAGCCCAGCGGGUGAGGGAGCUCAGAAAGCACAUGGGCUGGGAGGAGGAGCGCUGCAACUUAGCACUCAGCAAGCUACAGGACUGGUUCAGGAACUCUCUGGAGACCAACGUGGUCACUGUGGUUGCCAUCUACACUGACCACAAAAUCUCCACCUACCGUCUGCCAGUGCUCACUGAGCCUUUGACACAGCUCAGACAUCAGAGCAGACCCAGCUGGUCUGAUGGAGACGCAGCUGCUACACUAGAACGCAGGAAGUCCAAAGCCGAGCCUGCCAAAGACAGCAGCAGAUUAGAAGAGGUGGAGGUGCUUCGACCCCCGGUGGCUCGUCCAGCAGGCAUAAAGCUGGCAGAUAGGCAGGUUGAGAGACUCCGAAAGGCUGCAGAAAAAGCUGAACAAGCUCGAGCCAAGAUUGAAAAGAGGAAGCAGGAAUGGGCCCAAUUUUAUGCAGAGAAGCCAAACGAGGACUGCGAGGAUCCACAGGAUGUGGAAGCCAUCUGCAAAGCCAAAGAGAACAUUGGAGACUUAAAGCUGAAGUCAGCUAAAGACUUCACUGUGCCAGAACACCUGAGAAUGAAUGCUGAGAGGAAGAGAGCACAGCUGAUAGGCCUGGAGCAACAUGUCCAUAAGAAGCAGACUGAGAUGAACGAACGGAUCAUAGCUUUGCGUGACUCCAAGGUUCGCCUUGUGCCUCAGUUACAUGCUCAGGCUCAGCAGUUACAGAAGAUCCAGCAAAGUCUGGCGGUUCAUCUCCACCGUCCUUCACCCGCCCUGCCCAAUAUACUACUAGAGGAAACCCCAGAGAAGAAGCUGCUGUACAGCCACAACACCCUGGAGCGAUAUCGAGUUCUGAGGGAACAGAGGUUCCAGACCAUGGAGCAGGAGGAGCAGGAGGGAGCCCAAAGUUUAUUAGAGCAGCUGGAGAAAGAGAUGGAAGGAGAGGUGGAGAAACAAGAGAAAGGAGCUCCCAGCUGGUCAGCUUCAUCUGCAACCAAAGAAGAAGAAGGGACAGUGGUGGAGGAGGGAGCAGAGCUGAGCGAGCUGGAGGAAGAGCUCCAGAAGGAGGAGGAGAUCCGGUUGCUGCACGAGCAAGACUCUCUGCUGGAGCAGAUGGAGAGUUCGAUGUGUCAGUUUGACGCAGAGCUCCAUCUACUGCGACACCAGAAGCUGCUUCUGGACUGGCAGCUGAAGGUGGCCGACCUCCGUCAGCUGACGCUCUAUCAGGAGCUUCUGCUCCUCAAGGAGUUUGUAAGGAGGGAGGAGAGCCUGCAGGAGAAGCUCGAUGAACGCAUUAAGGAAAAGAACAGUAUCACGUGUAAGCUGGAGGAGUGUAAUGAGGAGCUGAAUCUGAAGCAGGGAGAGAUAGCCAAGCUGCAGGAGAGAGAAAGGGCCUUGACUGCUGCCUUCCAGGCUUCGCUGGGUGAGGAGAACAAGUUUGAGGAGUUCCUGACCAAAGUCUUCAAGAAGAAGAUCAAACGUGUUGAGAAGAAGGAGAAGGUGGGAAAUGAAGAAGAGGAGGAAAGUGAUGAAGACUCUGAUGAAGAUGAUGACUGGGAUGAUGAUUAUGACAGUGGUACAGAGGGGGGAGGAGCUGCUGUGGAUGACAGUGUUUGCCCUCCAGGCUGUGAGCCAGACUUGUUUGAGAACACACUGCAGCUGCGUGAGCGUCGAUUGGACCUGGAGGAACAGCUGGCAGAGAAUAAGAAGAGUGCUGAAGUUCUGAAGCAGGAGUGUGAUACUCUUGUCAAGAAGGAGAAACUGAUGAAGAGCAGUCGGAAAGCAGCAGAGGACGACUUGGAGUUAGUCCAAAGAGAGAAACAGCAGAAAAUGAAUGAACUGGAUGUGGUGGUUCCUCUCAGACUGAACCAAAUUGAGUUUGUAAUUAACGGCUCAGUGCCACCUGACCUGAGCCCGGCGUUGGUGCUGGACAAGACGGAGCUGAGGCGACUACAGGAGCGCAUCAGGCAGUUGAACAUGGAGAAGAGCCAGCAGAGAGAUCUGUACUGUCAAGCCCGCCAGCAGCAUGUUAAGCUCCUUCAAGACCGCAAGGACAUGGACAACCAGAUCCAGGUGCUGGAGAAGCAGUGCAGCCAGCUGAUGAUGAUGAAGUAUGGGAGGCUGGUGGAUCUGGAGGCUCUGCAGAUGCUGUCGGGGAACAGGACGCUGGAGGAGCUCAAGCAGGAAAAACUCCUCCAAGAAGCUGCCUAUGCCAAGGAAAUCAAACAGUGGGAUGCAAAGGUAGAAGAGGCACGUCAGGCUAUGAUGGAGGUGACCAAGUGUAACACGGAGCGUCUCCUCAGCAUGACAAACCUCUACGAAGAGAAGAAAGAACUGGAGCACAAACUCAACACUAGGCAGAAGAAAAUGGGCAGACAGUUCCAGGAUUACAGGAGACGUGCAGACCAGAAGGAGAUCCAGAGGCUUCAGGAGCUGGUGAAAACACAAUCGCAGCAGGCUGAGGCCCUCAGGAGAGAGAUUACCCUCCUCUCCCGUAAAGGGGGCCACGUCCUGCCCCCAGGACAGGCACCGCAGGCACCGCGGGCACCGCAGCCCCCGCACACCCCUUUGCCUUCCUCCUUGGACCGCAUCCACAACAGCAAACAAGGAUCGGGACGUCAUCCCAGACAGCUUAAAGCACAAAAUUCUCCCAGCAGACAGGUAGUUCAUUAACAGAAGACAGCAUUCACGUUCACAGUCAGUGUAUAGUGAGAGCAGUCUGCUCACUAAUUGCACUUUCUUGUGAAUUAAUGUUAUUAGGAUUAAAAAUACUUUGGCUUGUGGA